CUCAUCUCUCCGGACUCAGUUGCUGUUUCCUACUACAUAGACUGUUGGUUACACACCAUGGACGUCCCUCUCUUUGGAGAUCAGCCCAACAAACGCAGAAGACACAUCAAUUUAGGCGGCAUCCACUCCGCCACUACCCACAACGACAUCCUCCAGGACGCCAAGCUUCGCAGAUCCCAGCGUGAGGAACAGAAACGCCGCCAAGACGCUGCUCUCCACAUACAGCGUAUAUGGAGAUCCCACCUCGCUCGCGCCGCAGUCAGGCAGUCCCUUCGCGCCACUUUUCUCCAAGAUCUCUCCUCUCUCACUGCCCUCCGCUGUCUUGUCCUUCUUGGCCAGGACGAGGAUGCACUCGGCCGCUGGUCCACCGUCAUCCUCGCUUCUAAGAAAGAUGUUCUGCUACAAUCCGAUCAAAGCUGGCUCGUACUCCUCCAGCGGGUCUCCACUAUGCUUCUCCGCUCCCUCUCUACCGACCCCCGCUCGCAGUAUGCACAGACUCAUCUACAAGUCCUCAGCCUGCUGCUUUCCGGCAACCCCAAACGCGCUGACGUCUCCCGAUAUCUCCUCUCGCAUGGGUUCUACUCCAGUCUUCGUCAAGUGGUCUUGCAACUCCCUGCACCCUUCAAACCCUCACCCUUAAUUGCUCCUCUCGCAGAUCUCCUCGCUGCGCCACUAUCCUAUCCAGAGCUUCUCCCGCUCUCUCUUCGCGAGCUCCUUUCAAAUAUUCUCACCAUCCCAUUGUUCCCGAAUCGUAUUCUGCCUGCUCUUGGACCGUUCUCUGCACGUCUCCCACUCGCAUCCAUCCAUGUUGUUCCACUUGACAUCAUCAGUGCUCCAGAGCUUCAAUCCCUAGAAUCCAAGAUACACCUCCUAGCUAAUCUCGUUGCAUUCAUGCCGCCUAGAUAUGCUGCCCUCUCUCCACCAGCAUUCGCCACAUACCUCCAACUAUGUGCGCUUCUCAUGAACGCCCUUCCGACGCACGCACUAGAGCCUCCAGAAGACAAACGAGAUGCCGCCCGUAACUGGGCUGAUGGCGAAUCUGAGGACGAGGAGGAGACCACCGUUGAGGUCGUAUCCUCUUUCGAGCCAAAGCAACGGCUUCCGCCACUUGACGACCGGACGCGUAAACGGCUAUUGAUCAUACCUGCAUCAGACCAUAUCACUUCGCUUCUCCGUGCCUCCCAAAACGAAAAUUUGCUACAGCCUGUCGUUGCUUAUUCUCUAGCGCUUAGCACCGUCUGGCCGUCCAGGAGGGACAGGGUGCUGAGCGCGAUUGUGAUGUACAAUCGAGGCAGUCUCGUCAAGGAGAUCUACCGGACGUUCGUUCGUAGUUCUCCUCUAGGUAGAGACGACGCGCAGUCGGAGAUUUCCAACCCCAAAAACGCACCUCACUGGCCACCACUUCUCCUCCUUGCCGACCUAUACACGCAAGCGCUACUUACGAUGGGCGACGAUGAGUUCUUUUCGACCGGAGUGACUCCGAGCGUAGCGCGCAACCCUCUUUCCCUUGACGAGCUGACGGGCUUCUCGCGACAAUUGCUCAACAUAGCGUUCACGCUGUAUUGGCGUGAGGACCCGAAUAGUGCGCAGGAAGCUGUGCCUGGCCUUGGGCAGGUCAGGUGGGAGAACGUCCGGGAGAAGGCGACCAAGUGCUUGCAAGCGCUUCAUGCUCGGGAUUCGAGACGACCGUUCACACCUCCAGGUCAUUGGUUGAUCACGGCUCAUGUGGACAUGAACACGUUCAUCAAAGCCGCUGUCUUUGAAGAACGCCAACUCUCGGUCCCUGAGAAUGGCCGCGUUGCUCCGCUGAACAAGCGUCAACUUGCCUACCUCUCCCCCCGACUUGGAGUGCUCAACAAUAUCCCCUUCGCUAUCCCUUUCGACGUGCGUGUAGAGAUCUUCAGGCAAUUCGUCCAAAACGACAUCGUCUCGCGCGGUUAUAUGCCGUGGCGCGGGCGCAUGGGCGCAGCGAAGAUCGUCAUCAGACGAGAUCAUAUCGCGCAGGAUGGUUUUGACAGGCUAGCGGACGCAGAUUUAAGAGCACCGAUUGCGAUCACUUUCAUUGAUCAAUUCGGCAAUGAGGAAGCCGGAAUUGAUGGUGGAGGUGUAUUCAAGGAAUUUCUUACCAGCUUGACUCGGGAGGUGUUCGACACCGAUCGAGGCCUGUGGUUGGCAACCAAGAAGAACGAGCUUUACCCGGCUCCACACUCAUACGCUACGGAACCGCACAGCCUGGCGUGGUACCGCUUCAUCGGUCGUAUCCUCGGAAAGGCGCUAUACGAAGGGAUCCUAGUUGACAUCGCCUUCGCUGGGUUCUUUCUCGCGAAAUGGCUGGACAAGCAAAGUUGGCUCGACGAUCUCGCAUCGCUUGAUCCCGAGCUCUACCAAGGUCUCAUGCAGCUCAAACACUACACCGGUGACCCCGAAGAGCUCUCCCUCAACUUCACCGUAGCGCAGGAGGAGUUCGGGGUAACCAAGUCGAUCGACUUGAUCCCGAACGGAAGCAAUAUUCCGGUAACGAGGGAGAACAGGCUGCAGUAUAUGUAUCUCGUCGCACAUUACAAGUUGACGAAGCAGAUCAAGAAGCAGAGUACGGCGUUCUUCGAGGGUCUGUCGGAAAUCAUCGACCCCAAGUGGUUAAGGAUGUUUAACCAACAGGAGCUGCAAAUCCUUCUUGGGGGAGUAGACUCGCCGAUCGACGUCGAGGACCUGCGCGCGAACACGCAGUACGGUGGGUUGUACGACGACCACCAUCUGACGAUUCAAUUGUUCUGGGAAGUCGUAAAUGAAUUGAGUCACGAAGACCGCAGGAAGCUGCUGAGGUUCGCCACAAGCUGCAGUCGGCCGCCGUUGCUCGGAUUCAAAGAGCUCAACCCCCACUUUGCUAUCCGAGACGCGACGGACGACCAAACCCGGCUGCCCACCGCGAGUACAUGCGUGAACUUGCUGAAGCUGCCGAGGUAUACGGACAGGCGGGUUUUGAAGGAGAAGCUCGUGCAGGCGAUCAAUUCGAAUGCAGGGUUUGACCUGUCAUAGUCGAAGUCGGAUAUUGCAGUCGUGCCGUGGUCAUGAGACAGGAGCGGGCAUAUGUGAUUAGAUUGUGGCGCAAAAGGAGUCAAAGGGGGAAACCCGAUGUUGUACAAUAUCAUACUUCAUGAGCACGAGUAGUUGCAUCCUAAA